AUGGCCUCUGCCCAAGAUGCCAGGUAUGGACAGAAAGACUCUUCUGAUCAGAACUUUGACUACAUGUUCAAAUUGCUUAUCAUCGGCAAUAGCAGUGUGGGGAAAACAUCCUUUCUGUUUCGUUAUGCGGAUGACUCCUUUACAUCUGCAUUCGUCAGCACAGUUGGGAUCGAUUUCAAAGUAAAAACAGUAUUCAAGAAUGAAAAGAGAAUCAAGCUUCAGAUUUGGGACACAGCAGGCCAGGAAAGAUACAGGACUAUCACCACAGCCUAUUAUCGUGGGGCCAUGGGCUUUAUUUUAAUGUAUGACAUCACAAACGAAGAAUCUUUCAAUGCGGUACAAGAUUGGUCAACUCAAAUCAAAACGUACUCUUGGGAUAAUGCCCAGGUUAUCCUGGUUGGCAACAAAUGUGACAUGGAAGACGAGCGGGUCAUCUCAACUGAGAGAGGCCAACGCCUAGGAGAACAGCUCGGAUUUGAGUUUUUUGAAACAAGUGCCAAGGAUAACAUUAAUGUCAAGCAGACAUUUGAGCGCCUUGUGGAUAUCAUCUGUGACAAAAUGUCAGAGAGUCUGGAGACCGAUCCAGCCAUCACUGCCGCAAAGCAGAACACAAGACUCAAGGAAACUCCUCCUCCACCGCAACCCAACUGUGGUUGUUAA